AUGGAGAACAUUCUCGACAGCCACCCCGAGUAUGUAUCGACUUCGCGGCUAGAUGAUCUGCGCGCUACUGAGUAUGGCUACCUCGACGAGCAGGACCACGUCUACCUCGACUUCACAGGCGCAGGACUCGCCGCCCGAUCCCAGAUCCGAGCCCACGAGACUCGACUCCAGCAAACUCUUUGCGGCAACCCGCACUCUAUCAAUCCGACGAGUCAGUCCGCUACUCACCUCGUCGAGCAGGCACGAACCCGCGUCCUAUCCUACCUCAAUGCCUCCCCGGAAGAGUACACUGCAAUCUUCACUCCAAACGCAACAGGCGCCGCGCGGCUCGUUGCGGAAUCAUACCCCUUCACGAGACGAACCAGACUGGUUCUCACGUCCGACAACCACAACUCCGUCAACGGCCUCCGAGAAUUCGCACGCCGAAAACACACACGAACCACUUACGUUCCAGUCCGCGCACCGGAGCUGAGGAUAGACCCGUCUGACCUCAUGUCAGCACUAAACCUUCGCAGAGGUGGCUUAUUCGGCUCAGCUGCAGCUGCAGCUGCGAAACUAGCUCUGACCCCACGAACCACCAACAACGACGCGGUCAACACCAAAUCCAAAAAGAGAGGUCUAUUUGCGUACCCUGCCCAAAGUAAUUUCAGCGGCGUCCGUCAUCCACUGUCAUGGAUCAGCGUCGCGCAGAAGCAAGGGUAUGACGUGCUCCUCGAUGCGGCGGCGUAUCUGCCGACCUCCAGACUCGAUUUGUCCGCAGGAUCCGGUGUCCAACCGGAGUUUGUCAUCGCGAGCUGGUACAAGCUAUUUGGCUACCCGACCGGCGUUGGCUGUCUGAUUGUACGACGCGAUGCUCUGGCGAAGCUUGCCACCUCACGACCUUGGUUUUCAGGUGGAACCAUCACAGCGGCAUCGGUUGGAAUUCCGUGGCACGUCAUGGCGCCAGAUGAGGCUGCCUUUGAGGAUGGAACGGUCAACUUCUUGUCAAUACCGGAUGUUACUGUUGGGCUGGACUGGCUGGAAGGCAUUGGCAUGCCAUUGAUUGACACUAGGGUCAGGUGUCUCACCGGCUGGUGUCUCGAUCGUUUACGGAAUCUCGAACACAGUGACGGGUCGCCCAUGGUCAGGAUAUACGGCCCGACGGAUAUGAAGCUGAGAGGUGGAACGAUUUGCUUCAACUUGUUGGACAUUGGUGGAAGGGUCGUCGACGAGAGACUGGUUGCUAAGGAAGCCUCUGUCGAAAACAUAUCACUACGGACGGGCUGCUUUUGUAACCCUGGCGCUGGAGAAGCUGCCUUUGGUCUGGACAAGAGGGCUUUGUUACCGCUCAACGACAUCCAGAGUGACUCUCUGGACGACUACGUCAGGCUUUUGGCACCUGUGGGUGCCGUACGGAUCUCGUUUGGGUUCAUGACGACGACAAAGGACGUGGAUCGCUUGCUGGACUUUGUGAAAAGGAGAUACACCGACAGGCUGACAACAGCUAACGGCCUUCCGCCACACGAACACUGUUGA